AUGCCAGUUAGCAUAACACAGCCCGUCUUCAACUAUCUCCUACUAUUUGGGUUAUUCUUAUUAGAUUUUAUCAUUGGAAAUGGAGUUAUAGAUGUUGUCCAGAAAGCUCUCUGCAGGAUCGUAUGUUUUACAAAGAAGAUUAUCAUUGAGGAAGCGAAACAUUCAAAUGUAGUGAACGAGAGUCCUAUAAGUUUUUCAGUAUUUUUCACUGAGAUUUUAGUACUGACUGUGACCGUAGUUAUACUAAAUAAAUAUAAGCGGAGUCGGGCGAGCGACAAACUGGACGAACUAUUGGACGAAAGCAAAGACUCCUUGAGACAGACCAACGAGUUUCUGGAGAAAUGGAGAAUGAGACGGGUUCAAUGGCAGAUGUCAAAAGAUUUCUCUUAUUUGGACGAAGAGCCACAGGUGAUCAAGCCCCUCAGAGUAGAGAUACCCAUUCUUCAUAUGGCUAUAAUAGAUACCCUAGGUACCAAUCGAAGUCUAGAACGAGGUGACGCAGGCGACUCAGCCAACAUAACCAACUCAGCUAUACUCUCAGUCACAUCCCUAGACGACGAUUACGAAUCUAUACCAGAUCAAAACAUUCCUGAUGAUGUGAAGAAUUGCGAAUUCGGCAGUCGACAUCUUUGGAAUGUCAUGGAGGAAGAUUCGUGUGAACAUUUUGAUAUUUAA